GAUAGUGAACCGGGUCCUUUAAUCUUCGAAGACCAACCAUCAUCACCAAGAUCUCCCCUGUCACCCAAAAAACCAUGGCAAGCAAGAGAAAAUAAUCGUGAAUGUCUGUAAACAUACACGAUUCCUAUAUUAGAGAACAAACUGGAAAUGUGUACAAGAACGUGAAGAGGAAGAUUGAGAGAGGUGUUACUUUCCCAACUUGCUUAUCUGUAAACAAUGUGGUCUGCCAUUUCUCUCCACUAGCUAGUGACGAGACAGUGUUGGAAGAAGGUGAUAUAUUGAAAAUUGAUUUGGCUUGUCAUAUAAAUGGUUUCAUCGCGGCUGUGGCUCACACUCAUGUUCUUCAGGAAGGUCCUGUCACAGGAAGGGCAACUGAUGUUAUUGCUACUGCAAAUACUGCUGCUGAGGUGGCCUUGAGGCUUGUUAGGCCGGGAAAAAAGGUAAUCAAUUUUAAGAAUUUUUUCCCCUGUAUUUGAAUUUUUGUAUGAUUUGAUUUGGAACAUGUUGCCUCUAUUAAUUGUAUGUUUGGUAGAUAGGUAUAAGGUCAUCACUAUAUAAGCAAUCUAGCUUAGUAAAAUUAGGUUGCUUCAUGUGUAUUGUUUGAAGGGGUUUCUUUG